GAAGAAGACAGGAGGAAGGCGGAGGAGGAAAAUCCCGCGAGAAAGGAAGAGAGACAGACACAGAGCCACGCAGAGAGCGGAGGGAGAGAAGAGAGUGAGAAAGCGCCGCACGUGAGGUGCGCGAGAGCCCCGCGCAGAGAGGGGGACUAACCGCUAAUUUGGAGGAGAGCGUCGGUUAUCUUGGUUCUUUUCCCCCACAGACACGGACGGAGAGAGAGUCUCCGGACAGCCGGGCCAGAUGAAUCCCAUGACACAGCUGUACUACAAGAAGGCGACGUACUCGCCGUACCGCGACCGCAUCCCGCUCCAGAUCGUCCGGGCUGAGGUGGAGCUGUCCGCCGAGGAGAGGGCCUACCUCACCGCCGUGGAGAAAGGCGACUACGCGGGAGUCAAACAUGCCCUGCGCGAGGCCGAGGUCUACUACAACAUGGACGUGAACUGCCUGGACCCGCUGGGCCGCAGCGCGCUCCUCAUCGCCAUCGAGAACGAGAACCUGGAGAUCAUGGAGCUCCUGCUCGACCACGGCAUCCACACGGGCGACGCCCUGCUGUACGCCAUCAGGAAGGAGGUGGUGGGCGCCGUGGAGCUGCUGCUGUCGCACAGGAGGCCCAGCGGCGAGAAACAGGUCCCCUCGCUGAUGAUGGACAGUCAGUUUUCAGAGUUCACCCCCGACAUCACUCCCAUCAUGCUCGCUGCUCACACCAACAACUACGAGAUCAUCAAGCUCCUCGUCCAGCGGAAGGUCACCAUCCCCAGACCGCACCAGAUACGAUGCGACUGCGUCGAGUGUGUGUCCAGUUCGGAGGUCGACAGUCUUCGGCAUUCACGGUCCCGACUCAACAUCUACAAGGCUCUGGCCUCGCCGUCCCUCAUCGCGCUGUCCAGUGAAGACCCCAUCCUCACGGCCUUCAGACUGGGCUGGGAACUCAAGGAGCUCAGCAAGGUGGAGAAUGAAUUUCGUCAGGAGUACGAAGAGUUGUCACAGCAGUGCAAACGGUUCGCCAAAGACCUUCUGGACCAGGCCAGGAGUUCAAGAGAGCUGGAAACCAUUCUGAACCACAGAGACAAUGACCAGAGCGAGGAGCUGGACCCCAGACAGUGCCACGACCUGGCCAAGCUAAAACUGGCCAUCAAGUACCACCAGAAAGAGUUCGUGGCCCAGCCGAACUGCCAGCAGCUGCUGGCCACGCUGUGGUACGACGGCUUCCCGGGCUGGAGGAGGCGACACUGGGCCGUCAAACUGGUCACCUGCUUCAUCAUCGGGCUCCUGUUUCCUGUCUUCUCGCUGAUCUACCUGCUGGCUCCCAAAAGCGCUCUGGGAAACUUCAUCAAGAAGCCAUUCAUCAAGUUCAUCUGCCACACGGCGUCCUACCUGACCUUCCUCUUCCUGCUGCUGCUGGCCUCGCAGCACAUCGCCCGCACCAACCUGCACAUGCAGGGACCCCCACCCACCGUCGUCGAGUGGAUGAUCCUCCCAUGGGUGCUUGGCUUCAUCUGGGCAGAGAUUAAGGAGAUGUGGGACGGGGGUUUCACAGAGUACAUCCACGACUGGUGGAACCUGAUGGACUUUGCCAUGAACUCACUCUACCUGGCCACCAUAUCGCUGAAGAUAGUGGCCUACGUCAAGUAUAACUCGUCUCGUCCCAGGGAGGAGUGGGAGAUGUGGCACCCGACGCUGAUAGCCGAGGCCCUGUUCGCCAUCGCCAACAUCUUCAGCUCGCUCAGACUCAUCUCCCUGUUCACCGCCAACUCCCACCUGGGGCCCCUGCAGAUCUCACUGGGGAGGAUGCUGCUGGACAUCCUCAAGUUCCUCUUCAUCUACUGCCUGGUCCUGCUGGCGUUUGCUAACGGGCUGAACCAGCUGUAUUUCUACUAUGAGACCAAGGCCUCCGAGGAGCUCAACAACUGCAAGGGCAUCCGCUGUGAGAGGCAGAACAACGCCUUCUCGACGUUGUUUGAGACGCUCCAGUCUCUGUUCUGGUCCAUAUUCGGGCUGUUAAACCUGUACGUCACCAACGUGAAGGCCCGGCACGAGUUCACCGAGUUCAUCGGGGCGACCAUGUUCGGCACGUACAACGUCAUCUCGCUGGUGGUUCUGCUCAACAUGCUCAUCGCCAUGAUGAACAACUCGUACCAGCUCAUCGCCGAUCACGCCGACAUCGAGUGGAAAUUCGCCCGCACCAAGCUGUGGAUGAGUUACUUCGACGAGGGCGGGACGCUGCCGCCUCCCUUCAACAUCAUCCCGAGCCCCAAGUCCGUGUGGUACCUGCUCAUGUGGCUCCACAACAAGCUGUGCCGGAGAGGCCAGCCGCCCGGGGACGACACGCACAAGUGUGAGAACCUCCGAGAGUUCACGGAACGCCACGCCGACAGUCUGAUCCAGAAUCAGCAAUACCAGGAAGUGAUCCGGAACCUGGUGAAGAGGUACGUGGCGGCCAUGAUACGCAGCGCCAAGACGGACGAAGGGCUGACGGAGGAGAACUUUAAGGAGCUGAAGCAGGACAUCUCCAGUUUCCGCUACGAGGUCCUGGAUCUCCUCGGAAACCGGCGCCCUCCCCGGCGGCAUUACUCCUCAUCCAGCGAGACGACCAGAGAGGAUGGCGCCGUGGCCUCAGAGGAUGACAGCGAAUCAGGCGACGGCUGCGGAGGCGGGGGCCAGAAAUCAAAGGGGGUGACUUUCAUGACGCCGCUGGAGGACGACACGAGGCCGUCACCGACGCUUGGCGUGUCCGCCUUGGUGCGCUCCAUUUCUGGACUGACCCAGAUAGAAAGAGGGGGAGAGGGUGAUGAGGAGGAGGGCAUUGGAUGGGGGGAAGAGGAGGAGGAGGAGGAGGGGAAACCAAAGAGCAACGGGCUGAAGACGACCGUCAUCCCUCCGUCCUCCACCGCCGUCCUCCCCUCCCCGUCUUCAUCAUUCUCUUCGUCAUUAUCCUCGUCGCUCGCUCGCACGAGGAGCCGCCUGCAGCGCCUCUCAGCUCCCGGAGCAAAGACGGACUCUUUCAAGCGUCUCUCCUACCUGUUCUCACACUCCAAACGCAAAGCCCCGCCCACGCCUCUCCCCCUACAGUCCCCGCCCUCUUACACCAUCUCCGACGGGUUGCUCCGCCCCCUGGGGAGCCACAGCCACUCCGACUUUGGACUCAGUGACGUAACCAGAAGUGAAACUCACCUGAACGAGGUGGGCCGCUCAGGCGACAUCAAUAACCCCUCAUUCUCCCCGCGGAGAACAAAUGGGCGGGACUCACUCAUGACGCUGCCCCUCCCACCUCCGUGUCCCUGCCAAUCCCUGCACUGUGCUUCCAACAUGUCCGAGUCCAGCUCGCGCCUCCUGGACUCCAGCGAGGACGUUUUCCAGGGAGGAGGCAUUGGAGGAGCGGGUGAGGGCGGCGUGGGUGGUGGAGGGGGAAGAGGGAGAGUGAUGAUGAUGGGCGGGUGGGUGGGACCAUGUGAUGAUGUCAUAGAGGACAGCUGUGAGGUCAUAGAGGACUCUGUCACCACACAGCUAUAGGAGGGACGGACAACGAAACUGUUUUCUCUUUGUUUGUUUGCAAAUGGCUGAACACAUUCAGAGGGAGAGAGACAGGGAGAGAGGUGGAAGAGGACCAAAAUCCUCGGAGAGGAAUUCUACAGGGCAACGUCUCCGGGAACGGAGCAGGUGUGGCGAUGGUUCUGGUAACACCUUGCAAGGACAGAAGGGAUCCUGAAAUGGCAGAUGUUCAUUGGGACAGUUUGAUAUGAUCUGGUUUUUUGGGGGAUUUCACAAGGAAUCUACUCUAGUCUCCAGGCCUUUUACAAAUUAGCCAGCAAGCUAAAUACCUAGUGAGCGAGGUCCCCGAGCUAAUUGGCUAAUUAGCUAGACAGCAAGAGAGCAGCCAAAAUAACUUGCUAAUAAUGAGCUAACUCAUCAGGGAGUUAGUUAGCUAGAGGUAGCUAACAUUUAGCUAACUAGCUAACGACCUACCAAAUGGGAUAACUAGCUAGAGAGUGAGGGAGUUACCACAGUAACUGGUUAGUGAGCUAACACACCAGUGAGAUGGCUAACUAGCAAAGCUUUUCUUGUUUCUUACACUCACUAAACCCACAUAGUUUAUAGUAAUAACUGACUUAUCCGUAGUUUCAUAUAUGUCACCUUUUUAGUCACAGCCUGUGGGGGAAACGUUUCUGAGGAGGUUUUUUUUUUCUUUUUUGCCAUAUUGCAGUGGACGACUGGAACAAGUCAGCUGCAGGCCUAACUGGCCAAGUAUCAUUUUCAUGGCCAAACUGUCUUUAUAAACGUCUGUCCUGUUUUUUUAUUUUUGUUUGUUUUUUUAAGGAGACCGCUGAUUUUUCCUCUUUCCUAUGGGAGAUCCAAAUGCGCAUGGUUAUUAUGGAAUUACAAGUAGCCAAAGUGACUCUUCAGAGGGGAAUAUAUUGUGAAACGUUUGUUUUUCAGCACACAAUGCUGUCUUUCCCUUUAUCCAAACUUCAAAUCUGGAACAGAUUAAAAACGGAAUUAAACCCUCUUAGCAUCAAUGGAAUUUCAACGAAACGACCCUCAAACUCAUUUUGAUUGCUUCCUGAUGAAACGUGGCCAAAAAAAUUUGCAAACCGGACAAAUGGAAUAAGGUCUUCUUUAACUCUGGAUUUAGUUGGACUUAACUCCAACCGAUUCACUGGUAUGAAACGGAAUGGAAUGGAACCAUUGCUCUGCUGUUGAUAGCCUGCACCCUCUCUCUCUGCAUCAACAAGGGCCAAGGAACUUUAUUUUAUCCUAACAACAGUUAUACUAGUAAUAAUAAUAACUAUAAUAAUAAUAAUAAGAGACUUCUAAUAAUAGUAAAGAGAACUCUUCUGGUUUCUAAAGACUGUCUUUGCUUCUAUUUGAGUUGCCUACGAUAUUCUGGCUUCUCGUUCAGCUCUUCCUUAAUAAGUACACUUUAACCUGAUGAAUAAGAACCGCACGGUGAGAUUUAUUGUGAGGAAGGAGGGGUGAUGGAUGUGUGAAUGGGUGGGAAGGAGAGGGAGCCGGGGAACGACGACAAAGAACGGAAAGGAGCGUUUUCUGGGUGAAAAAAGGGCGAAAGAGAAGACAAAGGUGGCAACGGAGGAAGGGAGGAGUAAAGGAAAGGAGGUAAGAGAGAGAGUCAGAGGGGAGAAAGGAAAUUGGAAAGUGUGGAACAGAUGGGGAAUGGAGGGACGUGUUUGCCUUUUUUACCUGGGAAAUCUAUUUUAAAGGGAAAUUUCACCAGAAUUUCAUCAUUAAUAUUUAUUUUUUUCUUGAUGUUGCUCAGCGCGGCGACUUCAAAAGGUUGGCAUGAGCAGAGGCUGAUGAAUUUUACUCUGGUUAAUAUACGACUGUCAAGAAGAAGAGAAAUUAUGCAUGUUUGAUCAAAAAAAGGAAAAAAAAACACCUUUACCUGCAACACACACACACACACACACACACACACACACUCGUGAAAUAUCAGUUUGUGUGAUGAGCAGCUCCUGGCCACAUGUUUUGCCCUUUGCGAGAUCUCUCCAGAGUCCUCCGCUGUCUUCGGGAUGACGCCAGCUGUCUCUCCUUCUCCUUUCACAUCCUUUCUUUCUCUUUCCACCCUCCAUCCUCUUUUUGUUGUAAGCCAUUGUGGUUUUGUUUCUCCAAAAACACACACAUGCUCGCCCCUCACCGUGACCUCAGCACCAGCUGAAGCAGCACAAACCCGCCGAUGAGUCUCCAUCCCAAAAUGUCACCCUGUAACCAUGGAGACCCGCUCAGCAUCCUCUAAUCAUGAUGUCAGGUCCAGAGCUGGAAGGCUCAGACGCUGCCGGGCAUCCUGGCGCUGGCAGCUGGGGUGCAGCUAAGUGCUGACGCCGGGCUCUUUUCACGUCGUAUCACCUUCAUGACAUUUUAAACCUCACCUACAACACAGAGAGACAACUGUGAUGAAGUGGACGUGGCGUUUAACUUCUAACUUAAACCCUCAUUUUAACCACGGGACUGUCCUCAGAGGAAACAUGACAACAGUGAAAUCAACAGUGAAACUUCAAACAUAAAACCGCUCGGUUUCCAUUUCGUACUUUAUCAAGGUGUUUUACUUACCUGAACAUCAGGAAGGAUAGAACAAGGCGAUGUAACAUGAGAGCCCCCCAGAAGUGAAGCCCAAACAUCUCUGUCUCCCCCUGGUGGCUGGCUGCAGCACAGCUCAUAAGCCCCUCCCCCUUCAUGUUAGCUGAUGGGACAUGCGGUAAAACUAAAAGCUAACCACACUUCAAAUACGUUCUUUCCAAAGAUGGUUCCUGUUGUUUUUGGUAGUUCUUAUCACGCUGAUGCAUCGUCAGACUCACCGACUGUGUUUGUCUUCAUAAUAAAAAGCUGCUCUCGCUUCACUGAGACAUUAGAAAACCGUGGAUUAACAUUUAAAUGAUCCUGUGAGCCGCCUCAAGAUUGCGGGCGUUUAAUAAAUCAAUGAUCUGUUAGCUCAGUCUCACACUGAGCAAGUGGGCUUCGGGGAGUUAAUAGAUUUUUUAGAAGUUCGUUCUUCACCAGUCACACGCAGUCAGCAUUACUGACAAAUUCUACAUGAAGGAAGCGAAGCUCGGGAUUAAACGAGUUAUGUUCAGGCAGCGAAGGUCGACGCCACCGAAGGAACAAAUCCCGUUUGAUUGUGUUUGACAGGGUCGGUGAAUAGGAAAAGAAAAGCGAGUCCAGGCGAAGAGGUUUUGCUGCAGUGUCGGAUUAUCAAGAAGCAAAAUUUUUUAUUUAUUAAAAACAUUCAUGUGUUUUCACUGCAUGUCUCACAUCCACCUGAACUUGACAGGUGGAGGCGAAACGCGCGCUGAGCCAAAGGGUCUGAUAAUCAAUCACCCUUCAUCAAGUCUCCUGGACCUUAAAGGGCGCUUCCACCCAAAAGUAAACUGACACUGUUUUAUUGAUGAAGAGUUAGGGAUGCAGACAGAAGAGUAUUGAAGAAUCAAAAGGAUAGUUUGACUGAUACUGCAGGGAGCCUUGUGUGUAUUGUCUCUCACACACACACACACCACACACAGAAACACUCCAGGGAGAGGGCACACAUGCCAUUAGGCAGCACAGACGCAGAGAAACACACUCAUGGGACUGAUAAUCAAUCACUGAUGGACCGUUAUUGAUAGUGCCUCGGCCUUUUUAACCCUGCCGCAGGACGUGUGUGUGUGUGUGUGUGUGUGUCAUCAGGGGAUUAUUGAUCCAGUCAGAAUCCAUAAUUAAAUUCUGUUGAUUGAUAAGUAUUUAUUAAGACGAGCCUUGAACGACACUGUGUGUGUGCGCGCGCACGUGUGUGUGUGUGUGUGUGUGUGCGUGUGUGGAGGGAAACAAAGUGAGGAUCAGUGAAGACGUGUCUUUUAAAGGGACAGAUGGGACGACACACACAUGCAGGAUGCACUUUGGUAGCAAUAGGCUUGAGAAAGGGAAAGAUACAAGGUCCAGCUCGUGCAUUAUUCACACAGACACACACAGACACACACACAGACACACACAGACAUAUGACCACUGACUGGCUGCAGCUUUGACUCUAAAAUGUUUGUGGCGCCUGCAGCCUCCAGUCCACUUUAAUAACUCUGUGAUCUCUGCAGCAGAGCAGUAAUAGUCCUGUGUGGCUUCACGCUGCCUCCAAGGCAACCGAGGACAGCAGCAGUGUCCACUAGUAUGGAUCCUAGAAGCGUGUGUGUGUGUGUGUGUGUGUGUGUGUGUGUGUGUGAGUGAGUAAGGGGAGGGCUACUGCAUCACAUGCUGCUGAAUCCAUUAGAACAAGCUAUCUGCAGGGGUACAAACACACACACAAACGCACACACACACACAUGUGCGUGUAAAGCAAACAGGCAAUAAAUGCACACUGAAAUGGAGUUGCAGUGAAUGAACGACAGUGAACACACACACACACACACACAUACUGAAGCGCUGAGUGUGUGUGGGAGGAGACAGAGGAGACAUGUGAGGCGUUUGUGGACCCUCUCAGACGUCACGUGGUCGCUUUGUUCCUGAUGGUAAAGUUAAGUUCUGACUGAGAAAACACGCUGGGACAGCUGCUCAUCACACACACACACACACACACACACACACACACACGGUAUGUACGACACCGUUCAGGUUCCCCUCUCACCUUCUAAAGGAGCUUUAAAAAUAAAAUCCUGUCCUUGUUUUCCUGUUUUUCUGGAUUUCCACAUGGAUGAAUGUAUGACUGUGUUAUUUUUCUAGAAGCGGACGGCUAGCGCACGUUGUUGACUCUUUAAUAAAGGCAUCCUUAGA